AUGAGUGAAAAGGAAGAUCAAGCAGAUGUGAGUGAUUCAACAGAAAAUGCAGAAUAUGAUGAUGAUUUUGAAAAAGACCCAGAAUGCCUAACUGAUGAAGAAGAAAAACAAAACCUUUGUGAAAAAGAGAAACCUGAAGUGAAGGAAGAGGAUGUUGAAGCACAACUUCCUAAUGCUGCAGACAGCUUUCAGGAAGGCAAUGAGGAAAUGGAAGAAAAACUAGAUCAGCUUUCAGAAGCAGAUGUAAAUGUGAAAGUGAUAUACUCUAAUGAAAAACAUUUGGAAUCCAGGGCAGAUAGUGAACAGGAGCACCAUGAAUCUGAUACUGAGAGAGAAAGCUCUAUCCAGGAAUCCAAGCUGGAAAAUGAGCAGGAACUGGAUGAUGGAGAGGAUGAAGAAAUGAAGCGUUAUGUCUUGGAAAAGAUUGAAGAAGCCAAGAAAGAGCUGGAAAAUCAGGCUCUGUGGAUCAGAGAACGGAAAUUAAAAUUUAAGGGUGAGGUGGCUCUUCAAGCUCCUCCUGCAGAAGACGCUGAAGUUGGUAAAACUGACCUUGCAAGAGAAGAUGAUAGUUCAGUUCAGCUGUCUCAGCUGCGUAUUUCUGGUGGCACAGGACAGAAAGGCACAUCACUUUCAGAAUAUGCUGGCUCAGAUGUGGAAGUGACAGAUGGUAAAGUCCUAGUGGAAAAAGGUGGAAAGUUUGAACUCUUAAGUUUAUGUGAUAUUGAAAGCCAGGGCAUAUUGCCCCCAGUAAGUGUUUCUUUUACAGAUACUGGAACUCAACAUAUAUCUCCAAAAUCUCCACUCUCCAGUUCUUUGCCCACUGCGUCUCAAAUGAAAGAAAUACCUCCAUCUGAUGCUAAGCCACAGCCAGAUUCUGCUUCGAAUGGUAGAAGAGAUCUGGGAAAACAGAAGACUGAGUCUGCAAACACAUCCAUGAAAAGCUCCACUUACACUCUUACUCCCAGACAAAAAGAAUUAAGGAAACAGAUAGAACUAAGGAAUGAAAGACUGAGGAGAGAGGAAGAAGAAAGGAAAAGGGAACUAGAAGAAUUGAAGAGAAGAGAGAAUGAAUUCGUUUUUAGAGCUUGGUUACAGAAGAAGAAAGAACAGAUACAAGAAGAAAAGCGAAUUCGUCGUGCAAAGCAGCUGGAAGAGACGAGAUUGAAAGAGGUGAUCAGAGAUCCAGAAGAAGCCUACAGGUUAUGGCUUAAAAAAAAGCACCAACAAUAUGUGAAAGAAAGACGGAUAGAAUUUUUGAGACGCCAAGCUGAGGAAGUGCCCCUUUUUCCAAGGAGAGAGGAAUGUGACAGAGCUUUUAGAGAAUGGCUGAGAAGGAAGAGAGAAGAGAAACAAGCAGCAGAGUUAGCUGCUAAAGAGAGAGACAGACAGCUUAGAUUAGAAGCCAGAAGAGGAAGACAGAGGUGGAACAUUCACUAUACUUAA